AUGAUGAACAAUAAAGAAACUAAUGAAAAUAAGGAUAGUGAGCAGACGGUAUGCGGAGAAAUUAAGGAAAGGGUAGAGCAGAUGGUAACGGUGUCGAAGGACAUAAAGAAAUUUGUGUUAGAUGAUUCUAACAAGAUUUCUAAAGUAGCUUCGUCAUAUAUUUUAGACAAGGUAUCAGUAAUGGAGGAAAUUAUAAGUAAAUUGAUAGCGGAGAGAGCGGAAGCUAGAGGUAGGGCGGAGGAAUGUAGAGCGCUGGUAAAAUUAAUGGCGGUAAUGCCUAAUAUAACUAAUACAUCUGUACCACAGGCUAGUGUGAGUAGUAAGGUGGUACAGCCUGUAAAACAAAAGGUGGAAGUGAAGACAUUUGCGGUAGCAGUAAAGAGCGAUAAAGGAGAGAAAGUAGAAGAGAUAAUGAAGAAGGUAGACGAAAUGAGUAGGGAUUUGAAGACGGUGAGAGUAAGGACGGUAAGAAAGAUAAAAGAUGGGGUAGUUAUAGAGGCAGCGACUCAAGAAGAUGCUAAAAAUAUAAGGACGAAAAUUAAAGGAAAGAAUUUAAAAAUAGCGGAGGCUAUAACACUAAAUCCAAAAAUAAUUGUAUUUGAUGUGCCGAAAGAAGUUACUGAUACGGAGUUACUGGAAGAUCUAUAUAACAAAAAUGGAAUGUCGAGGGUAACGGUGGAAGAUUUUAAUAAUUGGGUUAAAGUAGAUGGCCGGAAGAAAAUGAGGCAUGAUUUGGAUAAUGUAAUACUAAGUUUGAACGAUGAGAUUGCGGAGUACUGA